AGAAGCUUGACGUGUUGUGCGCUAUCGCUACGCCAGGAACAUUUCGAGGAGCCUAUUUCUGCGCGCGAGAAAACGGUCUGGCCGGGCGGCGGGCCUUCGACUAACUGCCUUGGUCUUAGUCCCCGCCCAGAGCUGCAGGCAAUUUUUCUUCGGGGUCUGACUCUGAAAGCAUGGCGAAGUCGCCAUCUGAGAAGACAGGUCGUGAGACAGAAUCAUUAUCGUCGGUAGCGAAUUCGCCGAAAGCUGUAUUGGCAUCAUCGGAAGCGAGUCCGUCGGAAACCGAAGGCGUAGCACCGGGAUCCACAGCAGCCCAGGAAAACCCGACAGCUCAGCCGGCUCAGACAAGUGGUCCCAGCGGCGACGAUGGCUCGUCUCCGGACGAUGAGCAAGCGAGCUCCACAGAUGCGUUGCCCGCUGCCGCAGAGGUCGAGGAGCCACGCGCUGAACAGUUGGACGAGGAGAGAACGGUGCCAGGCCUAGUGGUAUUGCUGGCCGUCAUCUUCGCAGUACUGGCAGUAGGCCUAGUCGCUGUGGCUUUCACUUUGUACAUCUUGACGAGCAAUGUUCCUGAAGUUACACCCGCUAAAGGUUCUACACUCGCUAAAGAUUCUACACCCGCUGAACGUCCUCCUCCGACAGAGCCACCCAUCGUGAACCCGCUGAUCUGCACUUUCAACAUCUUCAAGUUUACAACACAGUCGGUGCUGCCUAGCGAUGGGACUUGCGACAUGAUAUUCUUAGACUCGCUAUUCAGAGACAACAAGAAUGGAAUAUCCAAAGUUCCGAGCGGGGUUGUCGAAGAAUUCUUGAUCGUCGCAGACAACUCCAGAAAGAAAAAGCAGAAAACGAAGAUGGGCCUAGCGUUUGACUCGCACUCGGCCGGUUACCAGAGUCUAACCUCAGGUAAAGACUGGGUAGACUUUCUGAAAGCUAUGUGGAACAAAUAUAAGUGCUCCUACUACGGUGCUUUGGACGGGAACAUUCGGGCCUUUAAUAGCCUCGACAAGGCAGAGGCUGUAUGGACACCGCUCACUUUCUUACGCAUGGAAUUGGUGAAGAUAGCUGGAGCAAAAGAUCACUAUGCUGUAGUGCUCGGUGUGACAAGUACGGAUAUGGAUCCUUUCGUAAAGAAGGUGGCUGACCAUUUGAAAAAUGUCAACGGGCCCACUCAUUUCGUAAUCAUCAGCCACACCUCGUACUCAAGCUUCGCCCUUCCACCGUACAACAAAACAGCAGCGCACCGCAAUUGCUACAUCUUGCCACCCUUGAUGUACGCGUUUCAGGACGCAUUCAACUGGACCUUUUUUUCGACAAUGGCAGAUUCAUCCAAGUUUCUUGGGUAUCUUCGAAACACGAGUGUAAAUGUUAUGAUUUUUAUCGCCGUCUCUGUGACUCUUAAGGGCCGUUGGUUCACGGCUAAUGCUUACUCAGCGCACAACCCCAAGCUUCUGGAUGGAUGCGAUGACUUAGACAAGGUUGAAGACAUGCCACCGUACUCAGUCUGCCAGGCACAAGGUACAGGCCUAUCCACUUACAAGAACUCACCUAACUAUAAAUCAGUCUUCCUCGUCAACUCCUCUAAGGUUUUCACUUUUGAAGCGGAGAGUACACUGAGAGAGAAGAUUUGUGAUUUCAAGGACGGUCUUAAAACGGCCGAGUUUGGGCUCGCCGUCUACGACAUCGAUGCCGACAGCGAGGCUAAACCGUGCCCCGAGGUAUUGUACACCGGACAGUACAAGAGGCUGACGCUGCUGCAGAACAUCCACGACUUCAUGGAGAACUUCACCAACGUGGCGGAAUGCAAGCUCGUCACCUAGUCGGCGUUUAAGGGCUCAACGCUAUGUGGUCCCCAAUCGCCGGCCCAAUGGGACAUCUUCUUGGGCCAAGGCGCCUGUCGUAGAUGGAGAAUUUCUUGAACCUACGAGUGGGGCUGUGCUACUGUGAAGUGACAUUGCAGUGCUUUUCUUGUUUUAUGCGUGAUUUUGUUUCAAACACCAAAUAUUAUAGUUCGAGAAUAGCAUAAUUGAGUCUGUUGCUGCCUAACUUGAGAAGGGAGACUUUAACAUAACUGUAGAUUGACAAGUUGCAUAUUCAUUUGUCGUACACGUGAGGAUAGAAAUGUUGACUUGACCAUAUGAUGUUACAUGUUUACCGUCGUUCACUGAAUCUUGUUGCUUGUGUUUCACAACUUUAUUUGUACCGCUUGGCCUGCGCCUAUAUAUGACCCCCUUGAAGGAAAGCAGUGGCGCGCGCUGUUUUCGGUACACUGGGAGAUAAUUGAUGUCUUGUAUGUUAUAGCAAAUGGGAUGUUAAACACAAGGGUUGUAUGCCAGGAAAUUUGUACUGUAUUCUUCGCUGUUCUCAGAAGUGGGAAAAAAGACUGCAGUGGAAGCGGGAAUAAGUGCCCCAUCAAUUCGCUCUGAACUCAGCAGUAUUGUACAGCCUGGUAGAAAUUAAGCAAACACACGAAAACACGACAAGAGCCGUGAUCUUGCAGCUAUUAUUAAUGACAGUGUUUCCAAUGCUAAUACUAUUCGCGUAACAUUGGUGAUCAGAGUGAUGCUCCGCCUGCGUAAUCUGCGGCAUCAACCGGUCGUCAUGGUGAAUGAUGAGCGUGGCAUAAAAUCGAGCGCCAGACCCUCGGUAUGGAAACGCUGCCAAGUUCCUAUUUUACGGCAUGUGUUUCUUUUGUUGCUUUAUAAGGAUGGUAAAAGAACAAUGCACACGAAUACUAUAACACGAAGAAACGCAACACAAACUUGACAGUAUGUGAGAGACUCGUGAUAAGGUUUUGAUUAUAUGCCUCACGGAAAAGAAAAUAUAAAUACAUGAACUGAACGAUUCAUUCUAAGGCGGACGCAAUUGUAUUACACGCCUAGAGAAAUAUGGCAAAACUUUUUAGUGAAUCUUUAAUUUUACUCAGUCAAUAAAUUUGUA